AUGGCAUCCGUCCUGCGCCUCCUCGCCGUCCUCCUCGCCGCGGCGGUCGUCGCGGACGCCGUGACCAUCGUGGUCACCAACAAGUGCGGGUACACCGUGUGGCCCGCGGCGCUGCCAGGCGGCGGCACGGUGCUCAACACCGGGGAGUCAUGGUCCAUCGACGUGCCGGCGGGGACGCGGAGCGGCCGCGUGUGGGGCCGCACGGGGUGCGGAUUCAUCGCCAACGGCACGCUGGGGCAGUGCCAGACGGGCGACUGCGGCGGUACGCUGGCGUGCAGCAAGGUCGGGUUCGAGCCCAUCACGCUGGCCGAGUACUCGCUCGCCUCCGGCGCCGGCGGCGCCGACCAGUUCGAUAUCUCCCUCGUCCACGGCUUCAACGCGCCCAUGUCGUUCCUCCCCAGCGCCAGCAGGUGCGCCCGCGGUGGGCCGUCGUGA